CUCCUGCACGCUUUAAAAACAGUAUGAAGUGGCUUCAACGGAGCUUCGGAUAACUAAUUUUAAGCACGGCCGUCUAGCGCGCCUGUCACUCCUAUUGUCCUUCCAAACUCUUUCAGACAUUUUGAGCAAGGAGUAUCAAAGCUAUGAGUUAGCCAGGGUUGUGACAUUAAUGGUCCACAAAGGCUGUAGGCAGGAGGGGUAAUGAUGAUUACCAGUGGCUGUUUGGAGGACUGCACUGGAUUGCUGUCAUUAAAAAUUAAGCGUGGCUUUUGAGGAAGAUGUGACAACAACUACCGGAGAGUCAAUCUGCCUCAUUUAAGUCCAAACCAUUAUAUUAACCAUCUCUUUCACUAGAACUUCUUUUUUGUUAUCCAUCUCAUGACCACCAUGCAUCAAAGGUCUUUUCGCCACUCCUCCAGGACUUCCACCAUCAGGAAAGGGGCCCCUGGACCAACAUCCUUUAAGAUGUUCAUAUGGACCAGUGGUCGGACCUCUUCAUCUUACAGACACGAUGAGAAAAGAAAUUUCUACCAAAAAAUCAGGGACCAUGACCUCCUGGACAAAAGGAAAACAGUCACAGCACUGAAAGCUGGAGAGGACCGGGCCAUUCUCCUGGGAUUGGCCAUGAUGGUGUGCUCCAUCAUGAUGUACUUUCUGCUGGGAAUCACACUCCUGCGCUCAUACAUGCAGAGUGUGUGGACCGAAGAGUCUCAAUGCACCUUGCUGAAUGCAUCCAUCACAGAAACAUUCAAUUGCUCCUUCAGCUGCGGUCCAGACUGCUGGAAACUCUCCCAGUACCCCUGCCUUCAGGUGUAUGUGAACCUGACUUCUUCUGGUGAAAAGCUCCUUCUAUACCACACUGAAGAGACAAUGAAAAUCAAUCAGAAGUGCUCCUAUAUUCCCAAGUGUGGAAAAAACUUUGAAGAAUCCAUGUCCCUCGUGAAUAUUGUCAUGGAAAACUUCAGGAAGUACCAGCAUUUCUCCUGCUAUUCUGACCCAGAAGGAAACCAGAAGAGCGUCAUCCUAACUAAACUCUACAGUUCCAAUGUGCUGUUCCAUUCACUCUUCUGGCCAACCUGUAUGAUGGCUGGGGGUGUGGUGAUUGUUGCCAUGGUGAAACUCACACAGUACCUCUCCCUCCUCUGUGAAAGGAUCCAACGGAUCAAUAGAUAAAAGCAAAAGGGAUAAAAUAGUUUUCUUUAAAGCUCAAAUACUGUUUUCUUUCAUUCUUCACCAAAGAACCUUAAGUUUGUAAUGUGCAGUCUGUUUUGAGUUCCUUAAUGUACUAUUACACGUAGAGCAAUAAUGCAAAAGCUGUUCUAUAUGCAAACGUGAUGUCUGUGUUAUUCAGGAGAAGAACUACUGUUCCGUGUUAGUUGGUGGUUUUCAUAACUUUGUUUUGAUGCUGGGACUAGUAUGUCUCUCUUCUGCCAAAACAGUGCUGUUAUUAAUUUGCCAAGCUUUGUGGAGAAAUGUAGACAAUAUCAGUGUGACCGAGUCUGCGUUCUGAAUUAUCAGAUCUUUUGAAUACAAGAUUUCUCAUUAUUUAUUGUUUACGGAAGCUACAGCCAAAACUAUUUUUUUCUUUUCUUAUUUUAAAUUGAGCCCUGUAGCAAGUGAAAGGACCAGAUUUCCUAACUAAAGGGUGUUAAGCAUUUUUCUUGUAUUUUUACCAUAUCACUGUAAAGAAGGGGGAACCUAGACAACUACUCUACUUUCAUUACUUUUUACUCACAGCUUUAGAUUUUUUAACUGAUUUCCAAGAGAUGAGAUGUUUUCCUUAGUCGAUAUGAUCUCUUCCAAUGAUUUAAAUAAAAAAUGAACAGAGAGCCCUUUUCCAUUUAAGACCCCGUUACUGUGUGAAAGGAUAAAUUGACAAGGAGUUUCAUUUCCUAGGAACUGACUGAACGUUGGUAGGUGCUCCAUUAUAUCCAGGAAAGGGAUUUGGGUGGAAAUCCUUAUUCCUUGUCAACUGAACUGCUACUUGCUGGUAGACUCGUGAAAUGGUUUCAAUAGGUAAAAUCUAUUGUGGCAAAUCAACACAGUGAAAUAUUGCUUUUUGAAAGUUAAUGAAUGUAUGUCUCUCUUCUGACAAGGGUUCCCUGUUGGGAUUUUAAAGCUGUGUACACAGAACCUGUCUCCUCUACAUGUUUUCUUUUUCUAUUUCCAACUCCCUUUUUUGUUGCUAUAUUUUUUACACAAAACAGACCUUUUUCCUAACAUGCAUUUGGACUGAACAACAGAUUUAAAGAAAGCCUUUCUUUGCGUUGCUAUUUAC